AUGGACGUGAGUCCCGUCACCGACCAAUCGUGUCAAACGGACGUGAGUCCCGUCGUCGACGUGUGCGUUACAGACCAACUUUGUCAAACGGAAGAUGAGGACGGCAGCAGCGGCGAGUUGUACAGCAACGGCCACGACGCGAUUGCCGUCGGUCACGAAGUGGUCGGACGCUAUUACACCACAUUAUAUAACAACCAGGAAAACGUUUGGGAACUGUACUCGGAGAACGCCCAAUACUUGCAAACGAACGGGGACGGCUCGCGAACCGUGGCCACGGGCCGGCCGGAGUUACGCGAGCUAUUCAAAGCGGUUGGUGCUAGUGGCACGUUGACCCGAUUGCCGUUGAUCAACGUGAUCGGUGAUGCGAAAAACAUACAACCUACACUUUACAAAAAAUAUAACCAAACUAUUGUCAAACCUGGAAUGGUAGUGGGUUUUUGCAACCCACUAUUGGAUAUGACCGUGGUAGGAAACCACGAUUUAUUAGUUAAGUAUGGUCUGAAGAGUAAUGAUGUAAUUUUGGCCGGGGAAAAGCAAAGAGGACUAUAUGAAGAAUUAGAAAAAGAUCCGAACAUCCAAUACACUGUCGGAGGUUCGGGUCAAAAUUCCUUGAGAGUCGUACAGUGGAUAUUAGGAGCGCGGAAGUCUGCCACGUUUUUUGGUGCAGUCGGCAAUGAUCAAUACAGUGAAGUAUUAGAACGCGAGGCGAAUCGCGAUGGACUGGAUGUUAAGUAUCAACAUCAUUCUGACAAACCCACAGGAACAUGUGCAGUCAUAAUCACCAACGGUGGAAAAGACCGAUCACUGUGUGCAAAUUUAUCAGCAUCAAGAUGUUAUACUGACGACCAUCUGGAACUCCCAGAAAAUAAAGAAAUUCUCGAAAACGCACAGUUUUAUCUGGUGACUAAGGUAGAGCAUUUGCUAAGGCGGCUGGCUGGGAAACAUCUGACGCGGAAGAAAUUGCAAGAAGAUUAG